AUGCUCACAAAGGCGGUAAUGACCUCACUGUGCGCAACACGACAGGCGCCCGUGAACGUUGCUGCUCGUGGAAUCGCCAAUAUUCCGGCUCAUGAAUAUCACAUUCGAUUUGAUCAGCGAGUCGGACGCAAACGGCCAGCUCAAGAUGUUUUGGACAGAUUCAAGCGUUUGAAUAAUGGAAUGUGGAUCCAUGCACACCCUGGCCGCCAUAAGCUGAGAUACAUGAAAGACGAAACAUGGCAGAAAACUAGUCUCUAUUACGAGACUUGUACAAAAGAACAAUGCGAAAUCCUGGAUAAACUCAUGACUCCAUAUUGGCUACGACAGAAACAUUAUCCAAAUGAUCCCUAUUCCGCUUAUCACGUCCGUCACAACAUCAAUUCACCACGUGUAGACGAUCGAGGAAACUUUGUUCGUGAAAGAAAGAAGAUCUUGAUGGACGACAUCACAUCACAACGCUUUUUCGCUGAUUGUUGA